AUGCGCACGACGCAGGUGCGCAUCGCGGCGGCCAUCUUGAGGAAGGGCAAAAUUUGCCGCGCUUUGGAUAGCGCGGCCAAUACAGUGCUGUGGGGGCGGGAACUGAUCCCUGUUGCUGGGCAAACUCUCCCUGUGUUCCCCAGGAGUUUAUUCCUGAGGGAACACUCGGUGAGCUUGCUGUAAUUGUUGGUUGUUUGCAUAAAUUUUGUUGUGCCUUGCCCACAUUGGUGUCUGGUGCCUGGGAACAGAGCACUAAUAAUAUAUAUAUUGGUAAUUUUUACUAUUGUAGGGAGUUAGUCAAUUUAUUCCCUGUGCUAUAUACCUCAGCCUUUGCCUAUAUAAAUUUCUGCCAUCCAUCCCAGUUAUGCAGGCUGACCACAGUGCCUAUAGUGCCACUACAUCUAGGGCCACCAUGCCCACCCCUCCCCUACAGGGCCCCAAAAUGCCCGCUGCGUUGGACACAGCGCAGGAGCAUAUGGAUUCUGAGGAAUUGCAUUCCCUCUUGGACGCGGCUAUGGCGAAGUCUGUGACGCAAGCCAUAGUUACGGCCAUGGGUGCCAUGUCAGAGAAUUUAUCCCAUUCCAUAACUACGGCAAUGAGAGCCACGCAAUUACCUGCUAACCCCAUGGCUAACCCCCCAGAGAAUAAGCCGGUGGCCCCUAGUGGGCGUAAGGCCGCUAAGAAAUCUCGUCAUUUGGACGAUUAUGCCUCCAAAACCCUACAGACGGACAGGGUACGUCCUGUCACAGAACCUGUGGUUGGACCACAACUAAGAGCCCCCCACCGGGCAAAAUCGGUGCGGAAAUGGAAGAGGGCUAAAGCCCUAAUGGAAUCCUCCGACUCUGAAUCGGAGCUAGAGGAGGCUCAGAGCGAGUCCGACGAGGAGGACUCUGAUGAUUAUGAUGUGGACUCUUCGGAGGCUCACUUGCGGGACUAUAGCCCCGCCACGG